UGCAUCAUCAUAUUCAGUUACUUCCUGUCGGGAUGUUGUGAGCUGUGAUUAUUUAUGCUGCUGCGUAAUAUGACCAACACUCUCUGAUAAAGUACAUAUAUAGGUAGAAUUAUAUCCAACGUUAUAGAUACAGUGAGUACAAUGAGAGUCCCUGACCAGACACAACCCACCACCAUGCACGAGUGCCUUCCAUCAGACGCAGUGGGCAAACGGGUGGCUUGCGACGGGGAGCGUGGCACGGUGCGGUUUGUUGGCACUGUACCACCAACUGCAGGGUUGUGGCUUGGUGUGGAGUGGGACAACCCUGAUCGAGGCAAACACGAUGGCAGCCAUGAAGGUGUCCACUACUUCACUUGCAGGCACCCGAAGGGAGGCUCUUUCGUCCGGCCCAAGAAGGCCAGCUUCGGGGUGGACUACCUGACGGCCAUCAGGCGGCGUUACGAGAUGGAGGUCCAGCAGGUCUUGGGAGAAGAGAUCCAGAUCUCCACGAGGACGGUGGAGAUGGUGGGAUUCGAGGCCAUCACAGAGAAACAAAAGGUGGAAAACUUGACCGAUGUUGCACUGAGGUUGUGCGAGGUUUCCAGCCCGGGCCCUGCAAAUGAAAUCCGAAACACCACUCCCCACGUGCUGAUGUUGGACCUGUGUGGGAACCUCCUGUGCUGCUGGGACGACGUGAUGGCUGUCACUGAGCAGAUGGAGGAACUCAAAGAGCUUCAGCUCAGCCACAACAGACUGCGUGUGCCCUCCAACCCUACGGUGCGACCCCGGGCCUUCUCCUGCCUCAGGGUCCUCUCCCUCACCAACUGUGCCCUCACGUGGCCUCAGCUGCUUGAGUGCGCCCCCAUGUGGCCACUGCUGGAAGAGCUCUACGCCUCUGAAAAUGACAUCACUGAACUACAGAAGCCUAACGAUGUCUUACAGUCUUUGACAGUUUUGGAUCUCUCAACAAACCCUUUGGUUGAUGGAGCAGUACUGAGUAUUGGCGAACUGCCUAGACUGGAGAAUCUAAAUAUGUCUAAGACUGGUUUGUCAACCUUGCGGUUUGAUGACGCAAUGCCUGGUUGCAAAACGGCUAUGUUUCCUGCCCUGAAAAGUCUCGCAGUUAACAGCAACAACAUUUCAGAGUGGUCGGUAAUAAACGAGCUAGAGAAGCUGCAGAGCCUGGUCCGGUUGUCGUGUCGGCAGAACCCCCUGCUGAGCCAGGAAAGGAACCCCGGCACGGCCAUGCAGCUGCUUAUUGCCAGGGUGGGCCGGCUGGAGGCCCUCAAUAGGUGGACGGUCCUGCCUGAGGACAGGAGGGGGGCGGAGCUGGACUACUGCAAGAUGUUUGGGCUAGAGUGGCUGGCAUCCGGGGGACACCGAGACCCCCAGCAGAACUGCCCCAGUGCUGAAUUCACUGCACAGCACCCCCGCUAUCAGAGUCUCAUACAGAAAUACGGAGCUCCAGAAGACAGCGAACUGAAGAAGCAGGAGCCAUUUGCACUGAAAAACCAGCUCUUAAGCAUAACAUUUGUUUGUCCAGAUGAGACGGACCGAAAAUCUGUGGUGAAGAAACUCCCUGAUUCCAUGAUCGUUCAGAAAGUGAAGGGCCUGCUCUACAGACUGCUAAAGAUACCGGGUGCUGAGUUGAAACUCUCCUACACAAGCUCAAAGAUGGAGGGCAAAGAGAUUGAGAUCGACAACGACCUGAAACCGCUGCAGUUCUACUCCAUCGAAGACGGAGACAAGGUCCUUGUCCGCUGGUUGUGAUCCGCAAAGGUCCGGAUUGGCUGCCUGAUGACUCAAACUGAGUUCUUCCAUGGCAUAACGUUUGGCCCGGAGCAAGGAGUUUGGGUAGCCAGGCAACCGAAUUUGAAGUUUAAGCGAUAUUUCCGAAAUCCACGAGAAAAAUGUACAGCACUAAACCUGGGACGAAAACACAGCGCAGCUCCUAUUCAGCCUGAGGAGACCAAUCGAUGUAGGAGAAAGAAACACAGGGUCGUGUUCAUUUGGCAUGAAACGGAAGAUAACUGUCCAAAACGGAGUGAAACAGGAAGGGAACAUCUGAACUUGUCCAAUAAGAGUUGUGCCCUUAUGAACACAACCCAAGCGUGAACAAUGUGUAUUUGUAUUUAUUAGGAUCAUAUCAACAGCUUACAUCAUAAAUAAAACAAUUCAUCAUCCAAUAAAUAAUACAAAAAUGA